AUGAAAUUGUUUUCUAUUUUCGUCUUUCUACAUUACAUUGCGAUUAUCAAUAGUCUCACAUCAGCUGAUAUUUAUAGUCCUUGCAAAAGACCGCAAACUUUAGGUAUUGAGUUGGGUAGAAUUCCAAAUGCGGCCUUUUUUGCGUCAUCUUUUGUGGAAGGUCGAGAACCAUAUACUGCUCGAUUAAAUGGCCGCUAUGCUUGGCGACCUGCUUAUAUGGAUGCAGAUCAAUAUUUAAAUGUUGAUCUUGGUUCUCGAUACUAUGUAACAGGUGUUGCAACACAAGGUCGUCGUGCAGCAAAAGAAUAUGUAACAAUAUUUAAUUUAAUGUAUUCUGAUAAUGGUCAUAAUUGGUUUUAUUAUACAACUGAAGACAAAAUCAUUUUGAAUUUCGUUGGUAAUAAAAAUGAUGAUGGUAUUGUACGCAAUAAUCUGUCAGAUCCAGUUAUAACACGUUAUAUACGUUUUAGUCCCAGACAAUGGAAUAAUUUUAUUUCAAUGCGUGUUGAAAUUUAUGGAUGCCCAUUUACAUCUUCAUCAUUUAAUUUUGAUGGAAAAACAAUUGCUUAUUAUGAUGCAACUUUUAUUCCAUUACAUAAUACACGAGAUGAAUUACGUUUACGUUUUAAAACAAAUUAUCCACAUGGACUUUUAUUUUAUGCUAAAGGAACACAAAAUAAUGAUUAUUUAAGUGUUGAACUUCGUAAUGGAAGUAUAUUUGUUGGAGUUGAUCUAGGUUCAAUACCAGAACGUUCAGGUGAAACAAUAAUUCAAGCCGGUAGUGUAUUGGAUGAUUAUCAAUGGCAUGAUUUAGCUGUAAUACGUCACAUGAAAAAUAUUUCGGUAAAAAUUGAUCAAACAGUUGUACAUCAAGAAUCACAAAGUCCUUUUAAUGGAUUGGAUCUUGAUGGAAAGCUUUUCGUUGGCGGAGCACCCAAUCAUAUGGAACGAGGAAUAAGUGUGCGGCCUAAUUUUCAAGGUUGUUUAGAAAAUGUUCUAUAUAUCAGUACAUCAACAAAUUCUAUUUUGGAUAUCUUACAAAAUUUACAACGACAAAAUCCAUUCUAUGGUCUUGAACAAGGAAAGGUUGGCUCUGAAGCAAUGUGUGAAGAUGAUUCAAUGAAUAUGCAUCCAUAUACAUUUAAAACAUUUGAUUCUUACCUUGAAAUAUUUCGUAAACCGGGUGCAACAUCUAUUGAUAUAAGUUUUCAAAUGCGUACAUUUGAACCAAAUGGAAUUUUAUUCUAUACAAAUUUAUCUGAGCCAAGACAUUUAAUGGUUGGUAUUAAUGAUGUACCUGACCAAGAUUUUUUACGAUUGUUUCUUGAUGAAGGACAAUUAGCUUGUACUCUACAAUUAGAUGGAAAUAAACGAACUGUUCGUCAUCGUCGAGAUAAUUUAAAUGAUGGUCAAUGGCAUGAAAUAAGUCUUUUGUUAACACAGGAUCGUUUUAAUAUAAUAGUUGAUUAUGAACCUGAAUUCUCAUCGACACGUAAUAAUUUAUCAACAACAGAUCGUUUUACAUUUAGUUCAAAUGGCGAUCAAAUAAAUCGUGAAACAACAAUGAAUGGUUUUGUUGGUUGUAUAAGACACUUAGUUAUGAGUAGAAUACAAAUAUUACCAAGAGAUUUAACAAGUAAUUUAACAGCUCUACAAACAGGUAACAAUCAACCAAGAACAGAAACUGUAAUUAAUCAUGGUGUACUUGUUGAUGCUUGUGAAAUGUUUGAUCGUUGUACCCCAAAUCCAUGUCGCCAUGGGGGAAUAUGUUAUCAAACAUGGACAAGAUUUCGUUGUGAUUGUUCUAAAACAGGUUAUAGUGGUGCUGUAUGUCAUAUCAGUGAUAAUCCAUUAUCAUGUCUUGAUUAUAAAUUAAAUCGUAUGAAAAUUGAUGAAAUAAUUCCUGAACGUUUGACAAUAAUUGAUAUUGAUGGUAGUGGUCCAUUAUCUCCAUUUCCUGUUGUAUGUCGUUAUGGUGGUAAAUCAGAAAUUCUUAAUGUAACAGAAAUUGGUCAUUAUCAUGAAUUAGAAAGUUAUGUAUCAAGUGGUUAUCAAUUACCGAAUUCAAUUUAUUCUCAAACAAUAAAUUAUCGUGUACCAUUACCACAAGUAUUUGCUGUUGUUGAUCGUUCAUAUGUAUGUAAACAAUAUAUUGAAUAUACAUGUUUUAAUUCACGUUUAUUAAAUUAUCCGAAUUCACCAUUUGGUUGGUGGGUUGGUCGUACAAAUCAAACAAUGGAUUAUUGGGGUGGAAGUGAAAUAGGAACAGGAAAAUGCUCAUGUGGAUUAGACAUGACAUGUGCUAAUCCAAAUUUAUUUUGUAAUUGUGAUUCACAAUUCACAACUGAACUUAAAGAUGCUGGAUAUUUAACAAGAAAAGAAUUUUUACCUGUUCUUCGAGUUGAAUUUGGGGAUACAGGACCAGCUGAUUCACCACAAUAUGGUCGUUAUCAAGUUGGUCGUCUGCAAUGUGAAGGUGAUCUACUUUAUGAUAAUACAAUAACAUUUCGAAAAGCUGAUGCAAUUAUAAGUGUACCACCAUUUGAAGCUAAAGUAGCUGGUGAUAUACGUUUUCAAUUUAAAACUGGUUUUGAUUCAGCAACAUUUGGCUCAGCUAUUAUUAUACAAAAUAUUGGUUAUGAUGAUGGAGAUCUUAUUGAAAUUCGUCUUCAAGCACCACGUGAAAUAGCUUUUCGAUAUAGUGUUGGUCGUGGUACAAAUAUUGUAACUAUUCGUUCACCAUAUGAUUUUAAUGAUAAUGAAUGGCAUACAGUACAAGUAGAAAUUAAUCGACAAGAAGCACGUUUAACAGUUGACAGUUUAUCAGCUGCUAAUCCAGAAGAUCAAACAACAUUUCGUCAUAUACAUUUAACGUCAAAUUUAACUAUUGGUGCAUCUGUUACAAAUCGAAAUGGUUUUGUUGGAUGUAUACGUGCAUUUCAAGUUAAUGGAGAAUUAAUUGAUUUAAAAUCUCAAGCAUUACGUGGAAUGUAUGGUAUAUCACCAGGAUGUAUUGGUAAAUGUCAAAGUAAUCCUUGUUUAAAUGGUGGACGAUGUAAUGAACAUUGGUCAACAUAUGAUUGUGAUUGUACAUUUACACCAUUUCGUGGACCAAUUUGUUCAACAGAAAUUGGAACACGAUUAGAAGCAAAUACGAUGAUUAAAUAUACUUUUCCAACUAAAGGUGUUACUGCUACUGAAGAAGAAACUAUUCGUGUUUUAUUUACAACAUAUAAAAAACAAGGUAUAUUAAUGCAAUUAAAGUCGAAUAAAGCUGAUGAAAAAGAUAUGAUUGAUUAUUUUACUCUUGAAAUGAAUAAUAAUGGUGGUGUACGUGUGAAACUUAAUUAUGGGUUUGAUACAUUUGAAUAUAACGUUCCAUAUGAUUUAACAAAUGGACAAGAUCAUGAAAUUAUUGUAACACGUCGUGAUUAUGGUAAACGUAUUAUAAUUAGUGUUGAUAAUUAUGAACCAUAUAUUGAUACUUUUCGUCAUACACAACAAAUUGAUAUGCAAUUUGAUAGUCCACGUUUUAUGUAUAUUGGAAGAAACGAAACAACACCACCUGAACAAGGUUUUAGUGGUUGUAUUGCACGUUUACAAUUUAAUCGUAUAUUUCCAUUAAAAUACGCGUUUUUGGAAGAACGUGAUCCACAUAUAACAUGGACUGGUGGAAAUAUUCGCGAAUGGCCAUGUGGUACCGAACCUGUGAAGUAUCCACCUGAACCUGUAGAAAUUCCACCUGAUCGUGGAUUUACAAUACUUGUAUUACCUCGUCCAAUUUAUACACAAAAUAUCUAUGCAAGAAAUUUAGUUAUUAUUCUAAGCAUAAUGGGUUUUGUUUUAAUAUUUAUUUUUAUUGGUCUUAGUUUAUGUUAUCAUAAAACACGUAAAAGUGGACAUUAUAAAACAAAAGAAGAUCAAGGCGCUGAUGAAGCUAUUGAUGCUGAUACAGCAAUUAUUAGAGGUGAUCCACGUCAUCCGGAUUUAACUGAAGCAAAAGAAUGGUUUUUUUAA